AUGUUCCAAUUCCACUCCGUCCCGCUGCUCACCCACCUCCGCCACCCUUCCUACCGCGCCAUGACCUCCGCUGCUGCCGCCGCCGAAUCCACCGAAGAAGCACAGACCCUGACCUCGUUCCCCCCACCCGCCGAGACCACCCCCUUCCGCUUCCUCGACCUCCCGCUCGAACUGCGCGAGCACGUGUACAGCCUCUACUUCAAGCCGGCCGACCGUCUGCGCAAGUCGCCGGCGCUGGAGGGGCAGGGCUUCUGCGGUGGCGUUUAUGAUUUCGACGUCGGCGUGUUUGGCGUGUGCAGGCAGGUGGGGAGAGAGGCGCGGAGGGUGUGGAGGAGGGAGGUCAGGACGGUCAAGGUGGGCACGCCGUGGCCUGGGGCUGUAAACCACAUCUCCUCCGAAGGCCUGGUCCCGAUUGUAUGCACCGACCGCCGCGCCGACUUCUUCAGCGACCACCACGCCCUCGUCCAGAUCACCGCACCCUUCCACCAGGCUGUCCCAGAGCACAUUGUGGUCCUGCUCAUUGACGAUCUGCACCUCUUUGCGCAAACAUGGUACUACUCGGCGCUCUCCUAUCCCAUGCUGAACGACCGCCUGUCCACCGCGUUUGAACUGCGGGACCCGGAUAUGGAUGAUGUCGACGAGGGCGACGAGAAAGACGUGCCCCUCGCGCUGCAGCGCCAAAUCCUCCUGCCGUUUGGUCAAGUCAAAGGACUGUAUUCCAUGGGCAUCGAAGGCUUCGACAAGACGGUCGCGCGCGAACUCCGCGCCGCCAUGGCCAUCCCACCCCCGACCCUACAGCAGAGCUGCGAAUCAGCCACGCAGCACCUCCACGCGGGGGACGCCGCCCUCGCAAAGGGCGCAGCCGGCGCCGACGAAGCGCUCGAAGCCUACAGGCAGGCCUUCCACGCCAUCCACAUCCUAAUCAAAGGCCGCACACGCCGCGUCCUCGCCGACACCUUCUUCCACGCGCUUCUAACCGCGGGGCCAUACGCAGGCCAAACAGGCAUGACGGUGCGGGUAGUCCUGCGCCUCAAACUCGUCGCGCGCACCAUCUCGGCCCACCUCGCCAAGCGCGCGUGGGCCGACGCCGCCUUCUGGGGGAUGCGCAGCGUGCGCAUCAUGAGCGAAGCCAUGGACACGGAGUUUGAAGACUUCCUCGCGGACCUCGUCGGCGGCGACGAUGUCGCCCUCGUCUACAUCCGCGCCGGCAUCGCGCUGCACAUGAUGAAGUCCGACCCCGACGCGUGGCGCUCGGACCUCGUCGAGUACAAAGGCGAGGAUGGCGCGCAUGUCAGCACCCUGUUUCGGGCGAGCUUGAAGCAUCUGAAGCACGGCAGGGAGCGGGUCAGGCGCGAGCUGGCGACUUACAACCUCCCUCGUCCGUUGGUCUUGAUCUUUGACGAUGCGCAACCUCCGCACAGCGACGCUGGCAGCGAGACGGUCAACGUCGAUCCCAGCGAACACGUCGGUCUCGGCGGCGGGGCUGGCUGGUUUUGA